AUGGAGGCUCUCACAAUAAUCAUCCAUUCCCUAGUGGUGGGCACAGAGGCCGCAGUGGAUCUCGUGGGAGGGGAGAAUAUCGAGGAAGAGGGCGAUCAUUUCCCCCUCGAGGCGGACACAGUUCUGCAGCUACAUCCUUCUCCCCUAGUGGGAGCCGGGCACCGGAGAUAUACGAAAAAACUGAAGAGCCUAGAAGACAGCGUGGUUGCAAAAAGGGAUUCUACGCUUGAGACAAAGCUCAUGAAUCUAUCCCUGCGUGAUUCUCCUUUAAAGCCUAUUGUCAGGCCGGGAUAUAACAAUGCGAAUGAGAGAAAAGUCAAGCUCUGGGCCAACUACUUUGAAAUCCAGGGGCUUGAAAAAGUCACUUUAUACCAAUAUUACGCCCUGCUCGACCCUGGAGUAGAGCUCGGCCGUCAUCGAACACGCCGACUCCUCUCAUUACUUGUUAACCACAGGUCAUUAACUUCCCACCCCGUUGCCACAAACUACAAGGAUAAAAUUAUCUCCACCAAAGAGCUAAACAUGAAGCAGGUAAUGGUCCAGUACUAUGAGAAAGAGGAACAGCUAUCUCUCAACUCCCCUUCGUACCGGGUAACUAUCCAACUACAGCGGGUAUUUCGAAUGGGGGAAGUUUUGGACGAUCUCAAGUCUUCCAUUGAAACAUAUAACCCUGACGAAAGGAAUGAAGCCAUCCAAGCUCUCAAUGUUGUCCUCGCCCAUUUUCCAAACGAAUCGCCAAACACUCAAUUCCUGGGUCAAAGCAAACAUUUCCUGCUUCACGAUCAACGGAAUAAACACGAAAUAGGGGCUGGACUCGAUGCUAUUCGUGGGUUUUUUCAUUCAGUGCGGCCAUCAACAGGCCGGCUUCUUCUGAACCUGAAUGUUUCUACUGGUGCUUUUUACCAUGCUGGUACUCUCCAUACGCUUGUAUGCAUGUUCGACCAAGGCAGAAGGCUCAGCGGCUCUGUGAGAUUACAGGAACUUAAUAAAUUCCUUCACAAACUCCGGGUGGUGCUAUCGUGCCCGAACAAUGCGAUCAGCCAGGCCACGGGAAUCAAAACAAUAAAGUCUAUUGUGAAACGGAAUAAUCUGCCAGGCACCAUUGACAAUAUUCGAAUUGAGUGGCCUAGUGGAGGGAGGGAAAGGGAAGUCAGUGUCAGGGAACUUUAUCGUCAAGGUCGGUCUACGCACAUCGACCUUAUCGAAAACGAUCAGAUUGUGGUAGAUGUUGGUGCCAAAGGAAAACCAAUAUACCUGCCAGCUGAGCUUUGCUAUGUUGUUCCUGGCCAGCCGGCACGACAACGCCUCUCAGCCAGACAGACAAGUGAUAUGAUAAAAGUGGCCUGCUGCCGCCCUGGUGCUAAUGCAAACUCUAUAGUCCGAAGGGGUUUACCACUUAUGGGGGUGAUGGGAGAUACUGGCAAUAUCAAAAGUCUGAAGGAUUUUGGGAUUGAAGUUGCACGGAACAUGCUCGCUGUCACCGGAUCAGUACUAUCGCCUCCACAGCUUUUGUAUAAAUACCCAGUUACGGUGAACAGGCCAGGCAGUUGGAAUCUCUCCAAGAAUAUUGCAUUUAACAAGCCUGGUGCUUUUGGUCCCAAUAACCGUGUUGGAUGUCUCAUUAUUAUACCCUAUAGAGGUCAGGGUGCCCCUGAAACUACACAGUUCAUGACGGAACUUGGCAAACAUAUGAAAAAUUAUGGGGUCAAUUGGCCUACGGACCGUAUUUCUAGGGAUACUAUUAGGCUUUCUCUAGACGAGAGAGACAUUGAAAAUUCGCUUGAUGAGUAUUUUUUACGUGUCAAGAAAAUGAAGCAAGAAUUCACCCUUAUAGUUCUCCCUCGCUACGAUGCAGAGAUAUACUCGAAGGUGAAAUACUCUGCUGAUGUGAAGCAUGGCUGCCAUACACUCUGCGUAGUGCCAAAACCUCCGAAGAAUGGCCGUCCGGGAGAACCACUACAGAUCAACAUACAACCCUCAUACCUGGCAAAUUUGGCCCUUAAAAUCAAUCUGAAGCUUGGGGGUGUGAAUCACCAACUUGAACCACUGAAAAAGUACCAGUCAUGCCCAAUUAUGUAUCUGGGGAUUGAUGUGACCCAUCCCACUGGGACUGACUCCAUACCGAAUGCCCCAAGCAUAGCAGGCGUGGUUGCAAACUGCGACCCAAUGCUAGGACAGUGGCCAGCGAGUAUUCGAACUCAAGCUCACUGUGUUGAAAUGGUUGAAAAUUUGGGUGAGAUGGUCAUAGAGAGGUUGAAGAGCUGGAAAGAUCAGAGCCACCUUCCCGAGAAAAUAAUCGUCUACAGAGACGGUGUCUCGGAGUCCCAGUACAAGCAAGUUCUUGAUCUUGAAUUGCCACAGAUUAACGAUGCAGUAUGUCGCUAUUAUCGAAACGGCAAACAUCCAAAAGUCACCCUUAUUAUCGUAGGGAAAAGACACCAUACAAGGCAAGCAUACACAUACACCUUCGUUUUAAAAUGGUGA